AUGAAUAGUAAGAAAGGUUUUGGUGGUGAACAUGGUAUUGAUGAGCGUGCAAAGGAUAAAUCUGCAGUUGGUUUUGAUUAUAAAGCAACAGUUGAAAAACAUUCUUCACAAACCGAUUUUGUGAAAGGUUUCGGUGGAAAAUAUGGUGUUGAUCAAAAUGCACAAGAUAAAUCAGCCGUAGGAUUUUCUCAUAAAGAAACACUUACAAAACAUUCUUCACAAACAGACUAUACUGCUGGUUUUGGUGGUAAACAUGGUGUUCAAAAAGAAGAAUCCACUGGCUCCUCUGCGGUUGUUGGUCCAUCCUCUCCAAAACCACCACCACCAGCUGAACCUAAAGUUGUUGAAAAACCAGCAAUAGUUCCAACUGCUAAAGCGGAUGUUGGUAAUAUUCGUGCGAGAUUUGAGAAUAUGCGAAAAGAACAAGAAUCAGAAAGUGCAAAACGUGUUGCUGAAGAACGAAAGAAACGAGCUAAUGCUGAACAGAGAAAAGCACAACCGAAAGGCGAUGAUCAUGAAAAAAAUACACAACACGAAAUAGUUGUAGUAACGAAAGAAAGCAAUCGCGAACCAUCGCCAGUUCGGCCAAAAACACCAACAGAAUCCGAAUUAUCAACUUCUAAUAUACCAGAAAAUAAUGAAAAUAAUACUGAAACUGUCACAUCAACAACCAAUGAAGCAAUUGAAGAGCACACCGAGAAGUUUGUUGGGGGUAUUAAUAUAACAUCUUUAUUACGGCCACGAAAAACUUCAUCUUCAUCGUCAAAGAAAGAUGAUGAUGACGACGACAAUGAAUGGGCUGUUGAAAACGAUGAAAAUAAUCAACAAGCAGAUGAAUAA